AUGGCUUUCAGAGGAGAGCGGUUUGUUCUUGACUUGGACGAACCUGAUGGAGGGGAAGAGCCUGCUCCAUCCCCUUUCUCCCUAAUCGGCGAAAUCCGUGAACGAGCUCCAACUGCUGCUCCGCCUGCUCCUGCCCCUCAGCCCACCGCUUCUUCCACCGGCUUCCCCGCGCACCGGAAGCGCAAGGUCUCAUCCUUCAAACAGCGCCGGACAGGACAAUCAACCGAGCCGCCCGAUUCUCAUUCUCAAGCCGACACGUCUCCCCCGACUGUUCAAGAUGACAAGCGGGCUAUCGAGGAGGAAAACCGCCGGCAUCUGGCAUCCAUGUCGGAUUCUCAAAUUCAGCAAGAGCGAGAGGAACUGAUGGCCUCCUUGGACCCCGGUUUACUAGAAAGAUUCCUCCGUCGUGCGAGGAUCGAUGAAGAUGAACAGGUUGAAUAUGCGCCGAAGCCGGAACCAGCCAGGGAGCAACCGGCGACAGCAAAGCCUCAAAAAUCAGUUUCGUUCGAUGUCCCCGCCACCGAUUCGGCCCCUCCCAAAUCCACCGCUCCAGUCUUUGCACCAAAACAAACUCCACAGUCGACCAAACCCCCUGCAAGAGACGACCUCCCGCCAAAGCAACCCCCGGCAGAUCUGUUUCCAGCAGCUCAGCCUCCUUCCCUCGACCCAGCCAUGAUCGAGAAGUUUCACUUCCCGCAACCCAAACAACCCAUGCCCACUCUAGACCCUACAUCCCCAGAAUUUCUCACAGACCUCCAAUCGCACUACUUUCCUGAAAUGACCCAUGAUCCCCAAAGCCUCUCAUGGCUCCGCCCACCUACCGGCGACGAAGACGAUCCGGACUCCACAUCGCCCUACCACCCGGCCAGCGAAGCAAUCUCCAUCUCUCCAUCCGCAAUCCGUUUCUCCCUACGAGGUACAAUUCUCCCCCCCGAGACCUCUCUCAGUAUCCCAACCACAAUGGGCCUGCACCACCACGGCGACGACCCGCAAGCCGCGGGAUAUACGAUCCCAGAACUGGCCAUCCUCUCCCGGUCCACAUUUCCCGCCCAGCGAUGCGUGGCAUGGCAGCUCUCAGAGGGCCUGUGGUUUGUCAUCGAGAAAGAGGGCGUAGUGGGUGGCAUGCUCGCCGAGGCGGAGGGGGCGACUGGGCUAGAGAGUAUUCCUCGAGCUGCAGCGCAACAAGGGAAAAAUGAAAAGAGCGACGACAGCCGGGUUCCCGCAGGGUCCGGUAUUGGACGGCAUGCUAGUGCUGCGGCGUGGGCGGUUGAAGGGGUAUGGCUGUGGCAGAAGGGUGGAGGAGGGGAUCGGGGUUUGCUGAAGGAAGGCCAGCUUCGAUCUCAGUAG